ACGCGUGAUCCUCAACGCUCCAAGAAAAGGCGCGUACUAACAGAGAUAGCUUUCAGUUGUGUAUCGUUGAUCCGUCGAGUAUUUUGAUAUCUUCCUCCCAUCGUCGUUUCCGUUGCCUCCGAUUUACGGCAAAACGCAUCGUUUUCCCCAAAUUUUCUUUAAGAAAACCACACUUUCUGUUCAUUUCUCGAUUCGAUAUCGUAUUUUGCAAUGGAUGAGUCAUCAACGUAUUCAAAUCUUCCAACCAGUCAUUUACUCGGCUCAGUUCCCUCUGUUAUAAGUGAAGAAAAGAAGGCCUCAUUUGCAGUUCCUGAAGCGGGUAUUCAAUAUUUCCCUCCAAAUAAUGGCAGCGGAGGAAGUAGAGGCCGAGGUUAUCAAACUCUUGAAGCUCCAACUGAAAGCUUUGAACAAAAGCCACCAAACAACUGGAAGGGAGUGUUUAAUAUCUCAUCAUACACACAAUAUUUUAACGUGGAUACAGAUGUCGUGAUAAACAGGCUGACCAGUUCUUUUUAUCCUACUGCUGGAGAUUUUUUCAGCAAGAUUGAUGCUAACCCUGAUCUGUAUGGGCAUAUCUGGAUCACAACUACAUUGGUCUUUAUGCUUUCUUCCUUUGGAAACUUUGCCACGUACCUUAUGAAAAAGCGUACUGAUGGCACUACUUCUUGGAGCUUUGAUGUUGGCUAUGUAAAUGUAGCAGCUUCUGGAAUCUAUGGUUAUGCAAUUGUGGUGCCCCUGGCAUUUUACUUCUUGCUUCAGUAUCUGGGUUCAAAUGCUAGCCUUAUACGAUUUUGGUGCAUGUGGGGUUAUUCUCUUUCCAUUUUCAUUCCAACUGCGUUCCUCCUGCUUAUUCCAGUGGAGUUUCUCCGAUGGAUGAUUAUACUAAUCGCUGGUAUGGCCUCGUCAUGCUUUGUUUACUUGAAUUUAAGAUCAUAUAUCGAGGGGGUGAACGACCUUACAAUUAUGGUGGUUGCUGCAUUCUUGUUGCAAAUGGCCCUUGCAAUCUUCAUCAAGGUCUGGUUCUUUCCCUAAACUACACUAAGUCAUCAUGUAUGUUCCGAACUCUGCUGUGGAUUCUCUAUUAUCAGGAGUUAUGCAAAAUGAGUUUAAUUUGAGCGAAAUUCCUAUGGAAGAAAAGUUUGUCUUUUUGGAAUUCGUUGCUUGGCGAGUUUUAGCAAUAUUGAAACAUGAAACAGGAGUGAGUUUUAGGAGUCAAUGUUUUCGGUGAGGUUUUGCGUUGCCACUAAUUCAGUUUUGGAGUCAGGCUGAUCUAAUUGCCGAGGUGUUGUUGGCCUACAACUUUUGGAAAUACUCUCUCAUGCACAUGACUAUGUAAAUGUAGGUUGUCUCUGUCUUCGUUUGUGAACUGUAAUUUUACCUAUCAUCCUAAAACAAUUUUUUGUUUCGAA